CUAAAAGACAGAACAGCUACGGCUUGACUUACGCACGUGUCCGGUCUGGUCGUUCUAAUCUUUUCUUCAGCCGAUUUCUUCAUCUCUUCCUCUAGUCGUCUUCUUCUUGAUACUGGAACAUAGCGGAGCGGCACCGUAAACAGAAUGUUGGAUGAAAGCAAGUUCGAUGUCAAUCUCAAGCUGUGGGCUCUUCGGAUUCCUCGUGAACUCUGUAAAAGCGCAACUCGGAUACUCAACGGAUACAUGCUCAACAUGCCUCGGAUUAAGCCCAUCACUGAAGAAUCUGGUUAUGAAAAGACUCGUUUGGUGAUACUGUCGGAAAGUGUUAAAAGUGCUGAUUUGUCGGAGAUACCAGAUGAAAAACUAAACCAGCUUAAGAAGCUUAUUAGUGAAGUUGAAGUAGUUCCUCAUUCGGUUACGCUUGGAUAUUCCUAUUGGAGUGCAGAUCAAAUAUUGAAGAAGAUACUGCCAGAUGGAGUGGACAUACCUUCAUCUUUUGAAACCAUAGGUCAUAUAGCCCACUUAAAUCUACACGACGAGCUCCUUCCUUUCAAAGACGUGAUAGCAAAGGUUAUCUAUGAUAAAAACUAUCCAAGGAUCAAGACAAUUGUCAACAAAGUCGGUACCAUAUCCAACGAGUUUCGAGUGCCAAAGUUUGAAGUGUUAGCUGGAGAAAGUGGGAUGGAAACAGAAGUAAAGCAGUACGGGGCGAGAUUUAAGCUGGACUACAGCCUUGUUUAUUGGAACUCGAGACUAGAGCAUGAGCACAUGCGUCUUACGUCUCUGUUUAAACCUGGAGAGACCGUGUGUGAUAUGUUUGCUGGGAUAGGACCUUUUGCUAUUCCAGCUGCGCAAAAGGGGUGCUUUGUUUAUGCAAAUGAUUUGAAUCCGGACAGUGUUCGGUACUUGAAGAUCAAUGCGCAGUUCAAUAAGGUUGAUGAGUUGGUCUGUGUGCACAAUAUGGAUGCUAGAAAAUUCAUUUCCCAGUUGAUGACUACUGUCUCUGAUGGUGGUGAUAACAAAACAAAGGAAGAAGUAGCUAAUCAAGAAGAAGAGACGAAGGCUGGAAUUAGCAGAGAGGAGCCUCUUGGUGCUAAUAAGAAGCCAUCUGGCAGUUCAGAGACAGGAAAUGGGGUAGGGAAGAGUAUAGAAGGAAACGCAAAGAAGAGGUUGAAACAAACGGUGCUUCCAAUCGCAAAGCCGUGGGAACAUAUCGACCAUGUUAUUAUGAACCUUCCAGCUUCUGCCUUGCAGUUUCUCGAUGCUUUCAGUAAAGUCAUUCAAAGGAAGUAUUGGAAAGGACCACUUCCUUUAAUUCAUUGCUACUGUUUCAUUCGUGCAAGCGAAACCACAGAGUCUAUUAUUGCAGAAGCUGAAAGUGCUUUGAAGUUCCAUAUAGAAGACCCGGUGUUCCACAAGGUCAGAGAUGUUGCUCCAAACAAGGCGAUGUUUUGCCUAAGCUUUAGACUGCCUGAAGCAUGCUUGAUGGAAGAAGGCUGGUUCAGGGAAGUGAGAAGAAUCAAAACCACAUGCGUUUGAAUUUUUUUUGUUUCAUUUGGUCUUUGGUAUCAUAAAAUUAUUAGGAAUGAAUGAAAGUGAUGAGUCUUGUGUCUCCGAGUCCUUGGUAUCUUACAAAGAUGUUAGCACUUAGCAGUUUAAAUCCAUUAUCUGCAACUGCAAGUCGUUUCCUUAAUCUUGUUUACCUUUUCACACUAAUCACAGUAUUGUUUGUUAA